AUGAAGUUAUCACUGCAUAAACGUAUCCUGCUCAGGGAGCAAGGUGAUAAUACGCUGGACACCAGUAUCCGUGGAUUUUACGGUGAUAAGGCGUGGAUCGACGAUUUGGACAUAGUCAAUGUAUUAGGCGGCCAUAACGGUUGCGUCAAUGCCUUAUCAUGGUCGAACUCCGGGAAACUCCUUGCUUCAGGAUCGGAUGACAAGCAUCUAAACAUCUUCUCCUAUCAACCAGAAUCGACAGAAGCGUCAUUUUUCCUCAACACAACUAUUGUUACGGGUCAUUCAGCAAACAUAUUUUCUGUGAAGUUUAUGCCACAUUCGAAUGAUGGGACCUUGGUAUCCUGUGCCGGUGAUUCGGAAGUCCGUGUUUUUGAUAUCGAGCAUCAAGGAAGAUCUGCUGCCACAACGACUCCUCCUAUUCCCUCAGCUCGACGAAGAAGGAUUAGUAGUUUCUUCAGUGGUAUGCGCUAUCUGACAGAGAAUACGACGAAUUCUCGAGUGUAUCGGUCACACGCAGACCGAGUUAAACGAAUUGUUACUGAGAAUUCUCCUCAUCAUUUUCUCACUUGUUCCGAAGAUGGAGAGGUCAGACAGUGGGACCUACGCCAGCCGUCGUCUGCAUAUCCAUCUCCCCGUGGCGGCCAGGGUUUUAUGGCUUUUAGGCCAGGCUUGAGACAUGACGACUCCAACGUUCCGCCACCCCUAAUAUCUUAUAAGCGAUACAACCUCGACCUAAACACUAUCUCCUGCUCAUACUACAAGAAGAUGAAGAAACUAGGCUGGGAGGCAUCCGACCUCGUCCCCAACGUCCUUGAUGACCGCGAGGGCGAACUACAGGCAGAACGUGGUCAGCCAGGAAACCACACUCCCCCAAAAUCUUCGCAUGACAACGAGGCAAUGGGAAAGGCUACACGUUGCGUAAAAAGGUUUGCUCCUGGAGGCCAGAAAAAGAUGAGAAGAAGAGAUAACGGGCAUAUUACAGCUUGCAAAAUUAGCAAUGCCAAUCCAAAUGAGAUGAUUGUUAGCUGGUCUGGAGAACACAUUUACAGCUUCGAUUUGGUCCGCAGCGAGGAUGCAUUGGAUCAUAAGGAAGGGGAUGACAAGGAACAUUUGAAUGGUACCGGCACUGAAAGAGCUAAGAAAUCAAGAAAUAGGAAAAGGAAGCGAGGAAAAGCCCGCUCCGUCAGCUCUUCUAGCAGUGGAUCUCGCCAUCAAUCUCGUCUCCGGCCUGAGAGUAACGAAUCAGAAGACCUAGCCUUUAGAGUUCGUUACCAAAACGGCGAGCUCGAAGAUAUCCCUUUCGACUCACUUCCAGGAACAAGCCUGGCUGAUACCCCACAGGAAGUCCUUGAAAGGGCACGUGAAUCUGUCCUCAACGAGGCCCAGAAGCUGAGUCUUCGAAUAGCCAAGGGGUUGGUAGAAGUUCGAAAGUUGCUCUUUUCGGUUGACGCUUCCACUCGUGAGGCUGCCGAAGGACAGUCGACGGCUGACCCUACCCCGUAUACUUUCUCGUUUACCGCCGUUCUUGGGCUUGCAGCAACCUAUUUGCCUGAAAUGGACAAUGUGAUAAGAAAUUGGGGAUACCCCUUAAAUCCUACCCAUGGCGAUGUCGUUUUUCAACAGGCUUUGCGCAGCAAUAGGGAGUCAUCUCGUCGGUUUAUUCAGGCUUCCGGUACCUUAGCCAGAGCUCUUGGCGGUAGAAUACAAACGGCAUCGGGUGGUAACAGCCCACAGCUUCAAUUUUUCCGUCAGAUUGAACCGGCUCCUACUGAGAACGGCAUUAUUGACCAUAGCAGUCAAUUUGGGUACGAUUUCUUGAAGGCAAUUGUACUAUGGCUUGAAGGAGGGAGACCAGCUUUACUAGAAGGUUUUAAAGAGAGACCUGCCGAACGUCGCAAUGCUGCUAGAUUCCCCAUUCCGCAAUCUGCAACAGACGAGGCCAUCGAUACCAUUCUGAUACCAUACUUGAAGGGAUUGGCUGGGAACAAUCCAAUUGUGAAUGUUGAUACCUCGAGAUUUGAAGUUGACGAAUCUCGAGUGAUAUUUUCUUCUCAACCUCAUGCAGUGAAUGCUUUUACUCAGGCAAUCAAGCUACCUUUGGAAGACCUUUCUGGCGCAGCCAUGUCAACAACUGACGGGGAAGAAAUCCCAAGGGAGCAUUCUAACUUAUCUGCCCUAGAUCACCGUGCUGCUAUUCGAUUCUGGGGUUUGAAGGUAGGGAGAGGUAUCUUAAUGGAUGUUGGUGAAGGUGUCAACUUUGAAUUUGUCAAUCGAGCCUUCGGUGGCCUUCGAGCCACGCUUGAAGAGGAUGACGAUGAAGACGACGAAAGAGAAAGACUACAGGAGGACAUCAAUCCCAACGAGGAAGAACAGGAAAUAUCUGAACUUCGCGUUCUGAAUAGGCACUCACGCCACCACAGUCAGCACUCACAUAGAGAAGCCAUCCUUGAGGAUGAUGUCAACGAGGACCAUGAUAUUGAAAGCUCUUCUGAAGAAGAUGAGGAAGAGGACAGCGACGAUUCGUAUAGCGAGAGCGAUAACAGUGACUAUGAUUCUGAAAAUGAGAGGUUAAGGGAUGAUGAUGAAGAUGAAUUUGGAAUAUCCACCCAGUUAUCGUCAACGUGGCGCAACUCGGUAGAGUCACAUGUACCCUGCUCUUCUCAUCUAAACGUUUACCGAGGACAUUGCAAUGUGAAGACUGUUAAAGACGUCAACUACUUUGGUUUGAAUGACGAAUACGUUGUCAGUGGAAGCGAUGAUGGAAAUGUCUUCAUAUGGGAUCGAAAAACAUCAGAUCUACUCAACAUUCUUAAUGGGGAUAGUGAUGUGGUCAAUGUAGUCCAAGGUCAUCCAUACGAACCUAUCCUUGCUGUGUCAGGAAUUGACUCGACCAUAAAAAUAUUCUCGCCUGACAAUCGAGCACAAAACGAUGCCAGCAAUGGUAUCAACAUUGCAAAUCCUUAUGCUCAAUCUGAUCUGACUGUUGGUGUCGAGAAUGUAUUGGGCCAAAUAAAUUUGAGAGGCCCCGGACUUGCGAGUAGGAAACGGCUGCAUGACAGUUAUCAGAUUCUAAGCCAGAAUGACGUGAACCGCCAGGGGGGGAUGAAUGAGGCCUUUCUUACGAGAAGCAUGCUCGCCCGUGUAGCAGCAACGCUAAGGGAUAGACAUAAUGUUAGGCUUGGAUUGGCCGGUACUCAUGUUGGAGGAGACGAGCACCAGAUUGUGCUGGAUGAAAAUUGUUCUGUUAUGUGA